UUUCUGCCUGUCCUCAGAGGCUCAGAAGGAGGCGACCGCCAACGACAACAGCACAGUCUUCACCAGGAUCCUGGACGGGCUCCUGGACGGUUACGACAACAGGCUCCGGCCGGGGCUUGGAGAGAACGUCACAGAGAUCAAGACAAAUAUUUUUGUCACCAGCUUUGGCCCGGUGUCCGACACAGAGAUGGAGUACACCAUAGACGUGUUCUUCCGUCAGAGCUGGAAGGACGAGCGUCUGUGCUUCAAAGGGCCCAUGGAGAUGCUGCCGCUAAACAACCUCCUGGCCAGCAACAUCUGGACCCCCGAUACCUUCUUCCUGAACGGCAAGAAGUCUAUCGCUCACAACAUGACAACGCCCAACAAGCUGCUGAGGCUGAAGGACGACGGCACUUUGCUUUACACUAUGAGACUGACCAUCUCAGCAGAAUGUCCCAUGCAGCUGGAGGAUUUCCCCAUGGAUGCGCACGCCUGCCCUCUCAAGUUUGGCAGCUAUGCCUAUCCGGUGUCAGAGGUGGUCUACACCUGGACUCAGGGAGCUGCCAAGUCUGUGGUGGUGGCAGAGGACGGCUCCAGACUCAACCAGUACCAUCUUAUUGGGCAAACCGCAGGCACAGAGGACAUACACACAAGCAGAGGACAGUAUACAGUGAUGAUGGCCCACUUCUACCUGAAGAGGAAGAUUGGAUAUUUUGUCAUCCAGACAUAUAUGCCCUGUUUCAUGACUGUAAUCCUGUCCCAGGUGUCGUUUUGGCUAAACAGAGAAUCAGUUCCUGCAAGGACUGUCUUUGGGGUGACUACUGUGCUGACCAUGACCACCCUCAGCAUCAGCGCCAGGAACUCGCUCCCUAAAGUGGCCUACGCUACAGCCAUGGACUGGUUCAUUGCUGUCUGCUACGCUUUCGUCUUUUCUGCCCUCAUCGAGUUCGCCACGGUGAACUACUUCACCAAGAGGAGCUGGGCCUGGGACGGCAAGAAGGCUCUGGAAGCACAGCACCCUAAGAAACGGGACCCCAUGGUGCUGUCUAAGAAGCCCAACAACGUUUGCUCGGCGGGUGUCAACUACACCCCCAACCUCACCAAGGAUGUGUCCAUCUCCACGAUCUCCAACACGACGUCGGUGCAGCUGCGGGCCUCUGAGACCAAGAUGGUGGACCCGAAGAAGACCUACAACAGCGUCAGCAAGAUCGACAAGAUGUCGCGGAUAGUGUUUCCCGUCCUCUUUGGAACCUUCAACCUCGUCUACUGGGCCACGUACCUUAACAGAGAACCGGUGGUGAAAGGAGUGGUCACCUCAACGUAAUCUUUUUCUUCUUUUCCUUUUUUUUCCUGAGACAGAGAGUUUGUGUAAGGGAGGAAAUUUUAGCCUAAUUUGAAAGUGGGUGAACUAAAAGGAAAGGGGUUGUUGUAAAGUCUAAAAAAAAAACCCAACAAAUAUCUGCGCUUGAAGAACAAAAACAAAAACUAUACUCAACUAUCUAAUUCAAGCACUUUGAAUGGAUGCAAGGCUGCAACAGAAUCCCUUUCCUGUUUUUCAUGGCCUAAAAAACUGCUUGAUCACAAAGAAACUGCUUCUAAGACUAUAUCGACGAGAGAGCGGGCGCUCUGCUUCUUUCUCAUCUAUCCUGCUGCAGUUUGCAUGAUGCUCUCCUCAAAAGGAAACCAUGGACUUGUUUUUGUCUUGAAUACCGACCAUGUGUAUGUCAAUCACUACUUAAAGUACGGGAGCACACUUCAUUGCUACAACUUGAAGAAGGGGUUUUAAAUGAAACGAACAGAAGGCAUUUUGAGCAAUUUUGCCCCAAAUUUAAACGCUUCAUAUUCUUAUGGAGGCUUGAAAUGCACUGAGGUUAUGUUAUGGUAGAAAAAAACUGCAAUAUAACAUGCAUUUGAGAAAAAAAAAGGGAUUUUAAAAAAUGUACUGAAUUCCACGCUGUGUGGAAGAAACAUUUCCUUAAGAUUAAUGCUGCAGGUGCAUAAAUAAUUUAGUUUAUCUCUUUUUUUUAAAAAAACCUUUGCCAUUUUUUUCUCCUUUUGCAGCGGGUGCUUUUGUGUCUUUUUGUACAUCUUUACUUGAAGAUUCAAAGCCUUCUGCUGCAGGCUUGGUUUCACAAAAGCAAAGUUUCAAUGGAAAAUGAAAAAAAAAAAAAGCUACCUGAAGGUGAAAAAAAAAAAAACAUCGCAAGGAAUUUUUUUUUAAAUGAAAAGACGCUUCUUCAUUCAUAAAAAAUGUAAAAGUUGACAUUUAGGGCGGCUUGCCAACAAGAAUAUUUGAAAAACGUCUUUGGCCCACUUACCCUGGGUGACUGGACAGCUGUUGGUGUGUUCAGGACAAAUUUAGGCUUGGAUGUAUGUGCUUUAACUGAAUUUUGAGCGUUGGUCACUCAACUAGGAAACUAAUAUUCACAGUUGAGAGACCAGUGCUCGAAACGCACAGUGUGUCACAUACAAAUCAGCAGAGUGAUGCAGGGAGUGUGGAGACUGUCAUUCAGUGAGAUGACCAGCGUGCAAACCCAUAGUCAGGCAAGCGUCAGCGUCAGCUCCUGGGGCCGGUUUCACAAAGAUAGAUUGACUGUGGCGUAAAUCGAACUAAUAGUCACACUUAGUCGUCAGUGGACGUCUAAAUUGAUCAAGUCUUUUUUAACCUUAAGGCAGACUAAUUUAGUAUGAAUUCUGAGUAAAUUAAGAUUCUUUUCAAACUAUGAAAACACAACUGACUGAGCAAUCUUCAGUCAGGUUCGGGAUAGUUUCCAAAAUUAAAAUGAUGAUGAUGUGCUCACUAUGUAUUUCCAACAGGUUUCUACACUCUCUAAAAACACUCUUGCUUCUCAUUUUUCACACCAAAGUAUUGUUGUAGGAACGUGGCUUUUAGUUCAGAAUUAGUCUGGCAGGCUUCCUACGUGUCCUGAAAAACAUGGAUAUUCAGAGGCUUGUUUUCCAGUCAUAGAAACACCUGGAAAUUGAUUAGUGGAUUGAUUGGUGGAAGGAAAAGAGAAUCAGCAAUCAAUGAAGUAUCGUGAUUGCAUUCAUUUUCUGCUUUCUAGUACAACGGCAUCAGAUUAAUAAGUCGGCAAAAAUAGACCACGCGUCUUCUAAAUAUGUGUUUCUAGAAGUGGAUGACUUAUGAGGCUAGCUGGCGAACUACUGUAGCUGGAAAGCUAACUGCUCACAUGCUAGCCAGCUACAAUCGCUGAACUUCUUCUGUUUUCUCAGUACUGUCCCGUUCUCACGAGUGAUGAGCGACGUUCAUUGAAGCCUAACUUGCUAGCUGGCAGAUAGCAAGCUUGUUAGCAAAGUUAUUUAAAAGAUGUAUUUGUACCAUCGACUCCUUUUCUUUUGUGGAAGAAGUGUGUAAGGAGAAGGAUAAAUGAUUGUGGAUGGUGCAACACUGCUAAUAAGCUACAAUAGCAUCCUCCAUUUGAGACUCUCUGUUCCCUUACAGGGCAGCACUGUCAAGAUGACUCGUUAUUGGUCAACAGUUCAAAUCCGCCGAUCAAAAUUGACCAAAGUACCGCACUGCAAGCAAAUUCACUUUUAUUGGAACAAAUUGAUUUCCACUUUAAAUGAUGGUGCAAUCAAGCAUUUAGGCUACAAAGAUUUUGGGAAAUUAGGCGAGUCUCAUAAGGGAAUCAUGUAAAUAAACCUUUAAUUUAAACUCUUGGCUUUGACACUAUAAAGGCUACGUUGAGAUUCUCACAUUUGAGUUUUUACGCCCUCAGAAGAAAAAAGUCUAACGUUGACUUUCACCUUAUUAAGAGUAUGUUUUCGUCUGAUAGCUUUUUCUUAAUGUUUGUGUGAACAUGUGAAAUUCCUUUCUUCUUGUCGCUUGUAGAAGAGCUGAUCAAACUUAGCUUCUGAUCUUUGAAAUCUGAUUUUUCUUUUUUUUUAUGUUAACUUCUUUCCACAUUGACUUCAUUAAAAUGGAAGCAAUGAGCACAUGUUGUGGCAUUUUGGCUGGAGCCCACCACAGCACAGCACGUGUGACCGGUUGGACUAUGGUGAGACAUACUCAGGAACAAAAGGACCCAUUGCUCCCAGCAGAAGCGUCGCCUCAGAGUCACUGUCUCUUUAAUCUCGUGGGUUUUAACAGUGUGUCACCUGCUGCUGGGAGCAUUGUCCCUGCUAACUUUUUGGCGCUGAAUAAAACCGUAUAAAUAAAGUUGACAUCAGCUGCUAUUGUACCUGCUUUGCUUUGUGAAAUUGGGACCUACAGUAAAUGUCACAAUAUCAGCCUAGAAUUCUCUCCAGCGCUUAAAAUUUUUGUGCCAUAAUAUCUUCUAGUGUUUUUGUGCUGGUUUUGGUUGAUGUUGAAUCUACAUUUUAUGUAAAUUUAAAGGUGUCGCUAUCCGUCAAAAGGCUGUUAAUCGGCAAAACCUGAGACUUGUGUUUCAGCACUCGUUUAAGCCCAGCAGCCGUGUAAAAGGAAAGUCCAAAGAAAUGCAGUUGAAAGGCGAUCUAUACAUCCGUCUGUCUAGGGGUCGCCAUGGCAGCAAGUCCAGAUGAACAGACCAAGACAUCCCUUUCCCCGGUAACAACCUCCAACCUCCUCCUGUAUCUGUUCCUCCUCUCUCCCUGUUUGUUUCCGACUCUGCUGCUUAUACACAUUCUCUUAAAAAAAGCCACGCUUGAGUGCACAUUUUCCUUUUGUUUCUGAUUAUGGGUGCAGAGGUUGAGUCCUUCACAAAGUUUGUUUGUUUGUCAUUUGUUUGUUCUGUCCGAGCUGAACUGUUCCAGCGCUGCUUUAUUUGAGCUGGCUGAGCCUCAUUUUGAGUUGCCAAAGGAAAUGAAACUGUAAUAAGCAUUUUGGCCCCUAAUCAUGAAGCGUAUUCGCCUCCGUUAUUUUCUCAAUGGAUGGUAAUGUCGGUGUGCCGGUCCACCAAUUUGUUCCGGACAGAAAUAUCUCAACAACCAUUGUUGAAAAAAAAACAUUAAUAUCCCCCUUCUGGAUGAAUUCUAAUCAUGCUGGCAAUCUCCUGACUUUCCCUUUAGCGCCAUCCUCAGUUCAAAAGAAUGUUAUUUGUCCAAAGCUUUGGUUUAUGAGCAAUGCGUUAUACUAAUUUAGCGCUAAUUUGCCAAUGCUAGCAUGCAAAAACACUAAACCAAGAUGGCGUAAUGCGGUAAACGUUAUACCUGCUCAGCAUCAGCACAUUAGCAUUAUCAUUGUUAGCGUGCUAUUAGCAUUUAGCUCAAGUGCAGCCACACGAAGACGCUAGCAUGGCUGUAGACCAAAAAAAGUUCGGCCCCCUGACAAGAGUUUUUAUAGUUCACACCAAAACUUUAACAUUAUAAAUCUGCUGUAAAUAACAAUGUAAACAAAAGGCUUGUGUAAAUCACAACAACCUCAUAACUUCUAAUCAUUGUUAUUUCCCCCAUAUGAGGAGAGAGCGAGGGUACUGUGCCUCACUCUGCACCAGGCGGUUUCAACAGAGCAAUGGAACUCUCUAACUAGUUUUAUAAGUCAGUUUUAAUCUUAUUUGGAUCAAAAGAAACAAACAAACAGGUCUGCUAGAAAACAAAUGAACUAGCUGAAAGCAACUGGCCCAUUGUUGAACCUAAUUGCUGACCCAUGCUGUAGAGUCUUAGUCUUGUUAUAAAGUUUCAGUUAGAAUCCUUACAAUUAUGUACAAAAACACUGCAGGUCAGAGGCUCUCCAUUGUACUAAGACUUGCUAGACACGCAUACAUCUUCCUCGCCCUCUAAGAAAUGAGUGCCCCGAUCCAUCCAUCCAUUUAACCAUCCCUCUCUUCUCUGUCGCCCCUCCCUCCUUCCUUCAGCCACUGUGACAGACUCAUCUGCCAUACAUCUGUCAGAAAAGGGAUUUAGUUCCGCUUAAGUUCCUUCCCCCCCGUUCAGGGGGGCCCCCUUACAGCAAAGCGCUCCGCUCCAAUUUAAGCCCCGACUGGCCCAGUCGAUGACAAGUGCUUGUUUUUCUCUCUGUGGUGUCUGGACAGCUGUGGCUGGUGCGUGUUAGGGACAAAUUUAGGAUUGAUUAUAUGUGCUUUAUCCAAAGCUAGCUCAUGGGCGGCGAGGCAGACUCAAGUUUUGAACUUGGGUCUCUCAACAUGGGAAUGUAAUGCACAUGCCGUCUGCUUAAAGAGACAGUUGUCUAUCCCGGGAGCGCUAUAGGCAGCCAUCAAACACACAUGCAUGAACUCUCUCUUGUUUUUGAGCCUCAAUAAAGAUCUUUGAUUAUUUUUUUGGGGAGGAAACAAUAAACUGAAAGCUUUUUUUGUUUAAGUUUUGCAAAAAUGCAGCAAAGCCAUUGUAGCUAUAGCUGGGCUUAACGAAGCAUUUGUGUUAAUCAUUCUUUGUUUUAUGUACUGUAUUUGUUUUAAUGUAUUAUACUUAAAA